ACCUAGCUGGCUGUUGGAUAGUUGCUCUCCUCAGUACAUGAAGCGCGUUUCGUUGUUACGGUUCAUAGAGUUGCUUGUCGAGCAGAGCGGGGCGCAGUGUGUGGAAGAGAUUAGAGAAGCAAUGAUGGAAAAUUGUUUUCUCCAAUGAUUUUUGGACUGCAAUCGGUGAAAUUUCACGGUGCUAUCGGGGCUAUGUUAGUGGAGUCUACGUUCGCUACCGAGCAGUGUGAGCUAUGACCGUUUGCGGAUAUACCCGGGACCAUUAGAAACGAUUUUUAAUAGCCUGAGAGAAAGUAUUUAUGUGUCACCCCGUUUGACGGGUAUAUUGAGUUUUCCAAUUCGACUCGGGCAAUUGUGCCAUUGGGUGGGAGUGGGAGUGUAUAUUUGCAAGACUCUUGCAGGUACGACGAGAGGGGCAGUUUGGCGUUGUAACGAAAAUCCUGGAAUCGGAGAAAAUUGCCCGUGAGGUAUCUCUACAUGGACCCACACAGUGUCUGGAGGUGAAACGAUCUUGGCUCAGCUUUCGUGGUGGGCUGUCCGGGAACUGCAUAUGUGUGUGCUGCAGUGCUCCCCCUGGAAUGUUUCGGUCCAGGUGAGGCAAACAUAACAUUGGUACUGUGCUGUGGUCGAUUGCAACUUAUCAGUCAAACCAAGCUGCGUUAAUGGCAGACGGGACCACCGAUGGUGCUCAGUUGUGACUUGGAGUUAUGUGUAUACAAAUAUUUAGCUAUGAAAUAAGCACAAAUAUGAAAAAGUGAAGAAUUCUUUUUUUUGCCUCUACGAUAUCUACCUAUACAGCCUCACUUACAUCUCGGCUAUAGCUGGUACGGCAACAUUGAAGCGCAAGAAUCACAAACGACGGCUGCUGCGAGAGGACCACAUCUCGCUCGCAUCUCUCUGUCACUCUCUCUCGCUCUGACACUAUCAUCCCGUGUUGUGUGUAUAAUACGCGCGCGGAGUGUUGUUCGUGCUGUACGUGCGUGUAAAAUUGGAAUUCCGGUGUGCUCCGAGGGUUUGCAGGUCAUCACGUCCAGUACCGGAUUGCACACGUUUGUAGAAACGUGCAAGGUGAAUCGCGGUGAUAUAUGCACAAUGCAAUCCUAGCUGGCACACAGUGAAGAAGAUUCCAGCACCCGAACAGCUAUCACUUUUGUGAAAAAUAUAUUCUACAAGCAGUCGCCGCCGUAUGGAAACUAGUUGGUGCCGAAUGUCAGAACUAUAUCAAAUUUACCGUAUUUUGCAACAACAGCAAUAGCAGCUGCAGUCGUCACAGAUACGUCACAGAAAGGGGGUGCCGCCAGCAGUGAGAAUAUAAAUUCAAUAAUUAGUCGACGUUUUUUCGUCUGAUUAUGAUGUGGUGAUGAUAUGAUGUGAAAUCAAAAAUAAGUAUUUACCAAAGUGUGAGUGUUUCGGUGUGGUUAUGGGCGCGUAAAUUCCUGCCCUACGUUCAUGUCCAUGUGAGCGGUCGGACGCCGAAAAGAAGGUCCGAAAAAUGUAUCAUCCGAAAUAACAACCUCUCUCAUGGUAAAUGGUGGGUAGAGAGUUUCCAAAUAAAAAAUACGAGUGUUAAACCGGUCGACAGCUGAAUAAAACAACCGAUCGCCAGAGGCAGAAGCGACUCUAGUGGUACGCGUGUAUUAUGAGUGGUUUACAAGUGGUUACAAAAUUAAUUGUGGAUAAGCAAAUAAAUUUAACAUAAUUUGUUGUCACUUACAGAUUGUGUAUGUGUGUGUAUGUAUGUUUGUAAUACCUGCAACCAAUUAGUCGAUGUUGUUGUUUUCGAGCCUCGAGGCUUCGUGCUUAAGUGGUGCGGUAUUGUUCAUUGAAAUAGUUUAGUAUAUUGGUGGGUGCUAAGAAACCAAGAAAAUCUUCCAAAGUGGCCGCAUCGAAAGGAUCCCGGGUCAUCUCGUCGGAAGGUCGUCUGACCACCGCGACGGCCACGACGACUGAUACCGCGACCAGUCUCACCAACUCACGCCAGGGUUCCGUGGAUGGUGUGAUGCAACGAUGUGGCCUCUGUUCCAUUAUCUCCAGCUUGCUGCGGCGUGCCAUGUGCGUUGGAUCCCGACGUGGUAGCGGCGAGUCCUACUACCAAGAACUGGCGGAAACAAAUAUCCCAAACGUGGCUACAAUGGAAACCACGGAUAGCUCCAGCUACAAACGACUGAUAUCUGCAACGUCCACCACAACACCGACUCUUGGUUCGACCACGAUUGCACUCACCUCAACAACGGCCACUGUGACGCCAGUGCCAUACCAGCCGCCACCGAGGAUGUCCGAUCAUGACAGGGCCCUGUUCGAGGCACUCGUAGCGGACGACAAUGCCGAGCAUCCACGCCGACGGCACGCUUGCACCAGUCGAUUCCUAACGAUGCACAAACGACGCAGAAAGAAGCUCAACACGCGCAGCUUGGCUGUGGAUCAGGCGAUUCUCGACGAUAUCCUGCACGGUCAGGUGCAAUGCAUUCUGGACCGGGUUAGCAACUGGCGCUUCAAUGCUUUCACCCUGGAGACGGUCACUGGUGGACGUUCACUGCCAGUCCUAUGUGUUCAUUUGUUCCAUUGGUACGGCCUUUUGGACCACUUUAACCUAGACGUAGUUAGAGUAUGGAAAUUGUUUAGUUUAAUCGAGGAAGGUUAUCAUAGUACGAACCCGUAUCACAAUUCAAUUCACGCGACUGACGUAACACAAGCAAUGCACUGUUUCCUGCAAGAGAAACGCAUCCUGGAGAACUUGAGCCCACUGGAGAUCAUGGCGUCGCUUAUCGGUGCAGUCACACACGACCUGGAUCAUCCCGGAGUAAACCAACCGUUCUUGAUAGCGACCUCCAACCAUCUGGCGGCGCUAUACGAGAAUACCUCGGUGCUAGAGAAUCAUCACUGGCGUUCGGCCGUCGGAUGUUUGCUGGAGAGUGGCGUCGCCGAACAGAUACAGGGUAUUCGUCCGGAGCUGGAAAAGCAAAUCAGCUCUCUAAUCCUAGCUACGGACAUAACCAGACAACAGGAAUUCAUAGCCAAAUUCCGGGAGUUUCUCACCCGAGAUACCCUUGAUAUGCGUGAUAAGGAACACCGACACUUCGUUCUACAAAUAUCGCUCAAAUGUGCAGACAUCUCGAAUCCCUGUCGGCCUUGGGAUAUCAGUAAAAAGUGGAGCCUGAAGGUUUGUGAAGAAUUCUUCCGCCAAGGGGACUACGAACGACAGCUCAAUUUGCCUGUGACUUCUCUCUGUGAUCGGCAAUCAAUGUCAAUACCAAAAAUUCAGACCGGCUUCUUCAAAUUUGUCGUUACCCCAUUAAUAGACGAAUGGCAUCGUUUCCUGAAAACUGAUCUAUCCCACAGUAUGAUGUAUCAUCUGAAAUUCAAUCAAAAUCAAUGGGAGAGCAAGCUACAGACGGAGAUCAAUGAGGAAACGCGAACUGAAAUAUCCGAUGCGGAAAUACUGGAUGAGGACGAUAUUGAUGACGCCGAAGACUUGGAUGAACCUCCGAAUGAUCUGUCGGACAGCUCGGAAGUGCUUAUCCCAAAUAUUCCCAAGUUUGGAAGACGUGGCUCUCUACAAAUAUCCAGCUUUGGUGGUGCUCGUAACGAGCGGCGAUUUUCUGUCCCCAUACACAGUAUACCGAAAAUUGUGCUUCCGACACGAGAUCUGCGAGACCACCGAGAGCUUAAUCACCCACCGGAAUCAAUACAGGAGAGUGACGAGCACAAGUUUGACAACGAUUCGCUCUCUAUACUAUCUUCCGAUAGCGACAGUCUACACCGAGGAGCACGUGGUUCAUCCACCGGCAGUACGGCAGAUCGUGAGCGUCCAUUAAGCGCGGAGAAUCUUCUUCCAGACUGCAGCAUCGCGUCCAUGACCGAUGGAAUCUGCGGCGACCGACUGAAUCUAGUGCUUCAUGGAGCUGUUAGUGUAAACACCACAAAUCUUCUCACCGUUGGAACUUCCAAACAUCUUAUUAGGCAACAAACCUUCCCACCGCUGCAACCGUAUGUGCGCACACGAUACAUGUCUUCUCAAGCAGAGCUCGGGGCUUGUCCGGAAGCGCUGCUUGAAUCGAACUCCAGCAGCUCUUCCAACUCCUACCCAGAGGUGAAUAUUAGCGAAUCUCGUGGUAUACUAGUGGUUAAGAAAGAAAGCACCAAGCGUGAGACGGAUUCGUCCAUCCCCAUCGAUAAGGCCAAAAUACCAAAGCUCUCUUUCGGCCAGAAGGAAAAUCUCGACCCGUCGAUGACAAAACGAAGCCUAAGUCGAAGACGGGGUUCCGCUCCGGUUACAGUUGCCCUACCACCGACACCAGCCGAACCCGAGCUGAGCGUCUCGUUUGUCAUCAAAACAUGCGACCUACGUCGUGGUUCCGUUCCCGCCGAGUUCAUCACCCCAAUGCAUACAAAAGACCCUUCGAACGGUCAAUCCCAACCGGAGGUAGUCACCACGAUGCCCAACAACAUCGGCCCUGGACACAACAUGCAGCGGCGUGGUUCUGUUCCCUGCGAUAAAUCGAACAGCGUUGUGAUUCGGAACAACUUGAGCAUCAAGCGACGCAGUACGAAAAAAGCUUUACGAAGGCGAUCGUCCGGGGGAGCGGAAAUGCUCAGCCCGAUUCUGUCGGAAGAUAUUACCCCGGCCGUACCGUCUACCGGCAGUUCGACUUCAUCCGCCUGGCAGCGCUUCAAGAGACGUGCCGACACGGACAAUCUGCUGUCGCGAAGGCGCGGCUCCCUGCCGGUUGAGGUUCUGGCCUUCGGUUACUCGGGGACCUUGCGUCACUAGAAGGUUAAGAUCAAAAGGGAGAAAAAGAGUGGUUCUUCAAGCAUCACUAUCAGCGAAUGGAAAUGAAAUGCAACAUUCUCGCCAUCAUCAUCACCAACCUUCUCGCUUUACCCUGCGGCGGGGGAGUAUGAAAUUACAGUCAUGGAUUCGAGAGCGAUUCCCGGGAAACUCGGAUGAUCAUCUCGACUGAACUGAGCUAUGCUACACUUUUAUUUGCAAAUGCCAAACAACGUGGAUUUCGAGCGCUUCGAGUAAUCCGAAUUUGUAGUUAUUUAUUAAGUUCAGAGGGUUAAGAGUUGGGGGGGGGAAGGAUAGUAGUAUUCAGCGGAAUCUCAUGCCGAUGUAGCAUUUGUAUACUGUGGUUCUGUCAUGAUUGCAAAAUGCUCCACUGCAAUCGCAUCAUGAGCUCUGUAAGUAUUCCGUGCUAUGAAUUUCUUUUGCCUCAAUUAAAUUGUUCUCAUCGGAAUCGAAUUGUUCGUAUAUGGAAGGGAGGAACACAACAAAAUUGACGUUGAUUUUCGUUUCCAUUUAUUGUGCUGCGAAGUUAUCCAGCAGGAAACCAAUUCAGAUGUACCAGGUAGCAUAAUUCAAGCCGGAUUCACAUAUGUGUGAAUGUGUGGAUGCGGACGUAAACAAGGAAGAAGUUUUCCACUGAAUUUUUUCCAGGAGAUUUACGUUACGAAAACGAUGGAUAGGAAAGCACAACUCGUAUAAGCUUGCAUAACAAUUCAUCUGGAUAUGAUGUGGCGAAAGAAGUAGUUUUGAAAACAAUUUCAAACAUCUCAGGAUUUUAUUUUGUUGGGUUGGAUAAAUAUGAAUUACCUAUGAAAAUUAAAAUCAAUUGUUUAAAGAUAUGUUUGUCACGCAAACAAAUCGACAACCUGGGAAUGUUCUAUGCUUUGUUUAUGGACUCAAACAGGAUUCAUAUUUUUCAAUAAAAUGCGCAUAUAAUUCAGACAUUAUACACAUUUGUGUAAUCUGUGUUAUUGUUGACUAGAGUUCUAAGAAAUAUUUUUUCUUAUGCAUCUUAUACAAUCCCUGCGACUCGAUUAGCCAUGGGAACCUGAUGCGGAUUUUAUUCCCAUGAUCUAAGGCUACUCCAAUGCAAAAUAUAUGGACGCCCCUAUUUUGUGAAGUACAGACAAAAGUCAAUUCGAAGAAGGAAAGUGACCGUAAAACCGACCGUGAAUUUGUCGAGCUUUGUUUUGGACAUUAAACAGGUUCUCGUUGGUAUUUCGUGACAAUAUCUCGCUGCAUAAUGUCUACUGCCAGCCAUUACCUGCUAUUUUCAUCUUUUUGGCUGCAUUUUUCAAGUCGGAAAACGACAAGUAACUUUAAACUAUCCAAUAAUUGUCCCAAGCGUAACUAAAUUGUCACUGUAUUUUUAUGGAAAUGUAGUUUAUUGUGAUAGAAUGAUCAAAAAUUAAUUAUUCAAAAUGUUGCUCAUUGUUUGCCAUAUUUUUCCGAUCUUUCUGUUAGAUCUCGAAAAAAGUUACGAUUAAAGUCUUCGAGUCAUAACAUGUUUGAUAACAUGAAGCCGAGCGUUGUCAAACGGUGAGAUCACAUUUUCGUGCCUCUGCUCGUAUUGUGACAGUUUACGCCUAAAUGGCUACUGUGUAAUAUAGGGUUGGGAAAAAGGAAUUUCGUAUUUCUGAUCGAAGUUUGACGCUUUAUUUAACAUACUUAAAAUUAUCCAAUUUAAGUCAAAUAUGCGCCGUUUUGUUCGCAAACUUAUGCCAUUUAGAAGGCAACUUAAUUAUCUCCCCUUAUAAAACCCCCCCCUUUUUAUUUGCAAAAAACUCAGACAGACAGUUUUCGCAAGCCUCUUUUGAGGUCAACUUAGUAUCACCAAGAGCGUUUUGCAUGGACCGGAAGAGAUGAUAAUCACUUGGAGCCAGGUCCGGACUAUACGGUGGGUGCAAUAGGACAUCCCAUCCGAGCUCCCGUAGCGUCUGACAGGUCAUCAAAGAUGUGUGAGGCCGAGCGUUGUCCUGGUGGAAAACAACACCAAUCCUAUUGAUAAUUUCUGGCCGCUUCUGGUCAAUCGCCUGCUUCAAACGGUCAAGCGGCUCACAGUAGAGAACCGAGUUGAGGGUCUGGCCAUAGUUGAGCAGCUCAUAGUAUAGCUCAUAGCUUCCAAUCGCACCAAACACACAGCAAAACCUUCCUGGCCGUCAAUCCGGGCUUGGCGAUGGUUUGGACCGGCUCACCGCGCUUCGACCACGACUUUUUUCGCUUUAGGUUGUCGUACGUGAUCCACUUUUCAUCACCAGUCACCAUAUUCUUCAAAAAUGGGUUGAGUUCGUUCCGUUUCAGCAGUGCAUCGCAGGCGUUGAUUCGGUCUGAAAGAUUUUUUUGCGUCAACUCAUGUGGCACCCAUACAUCCAGCUUUUUUUGGAACCCAAUCUUCUGCAAAUGGUUCCAAACGGUUUUAUGGUCUAUACCCAGUUCCUGGCCAAUCGAGCGAGUACUCAAAUGUCGGUCUACUUGGAUGAUUUCAACGAUUUUAUCGGUUUCCACGACGAAUGGCCUACCAGUACGGGGUGUAUCUUCGACAGCCACUACACCAGAACGAAAUCGAUCAGUCCAACGCUGUGCUGUGCGAAUCGUUACAGUAUCGGGUCCAUAAACUACACGGAAGCAUAUGCUUGUUAUUGAUCCAAAAACUUGUUCCAAUAGCUCAAAAGUUACCUCGAAAGCAAGCUAUAGAAAUCUCAAAAUUCUGUAUAUAAGCGGGUGUCAACUAGGAAAUCCACUGAGGUUGCAACAUGUUAUCGCUGCUGUGACGAAGCUAACUUCGUUCAUCAAUAAAGUACUGAUGAAUGAUGUCACCAAUGAUGUCUGUUUGUACAAACGAAGGGCACUGGUGCGCCGUGUUCGUUCAAGCCUCCCCCUAAAUGGAGUCCACCGAAGACUAUUGCACCUUCAGAUUAUUUUAGGUUCUGCUUCAGGUUCAGGUCCCUGCAAAAUUCUCUCAAGAGUAAAAACUUCGACUCUAUUUACAGCAUAGAAAAUACCGUGAACAGUUUUCGAUGUAAAAGCAAACAUAUUCUGAGAGGAUAGAUAGACGAGAAAGAUGGCAAAUGAUUGUGAAACAAAACUGUGCAUUUAUCUGUCUAUAAAAAUGAUGCUUUUGUGUCGGUCUUACCGCGAAAGGAGGCAAAAUUUCAAAACAAAGCUGUGUGUGAUAAAAGUGAUAUGUAGAAAAAUAGUCGAAUUCGCCACCAUGCAGAUCUCUUUUCCCGUCUUUUUAAAAUCGAAAACAAGCUUUCGGAACACUCUAAGUCAUAGAGUCAUAUGAGAGUGAAAAAAGUUUGCUGUCUGUUUUCAAAAUAAUGAUUUUUUCCUCUAAGAACGGCGAAUGUAUAUGUGAAUGAAUGAGAAAUUAACACAAACUCAUAUUCGUUGCCCUCCAACGACUUCUUCGCGUAUUGGGCGGAGGCCAAGUCCGGACAAAACACCUCAUCCUCGUAUUUUUGAACGAAUGAAAAAUCUCCCCGUUCAUCAGAGGUUUCGAACGGAAGAAGAGCGGUUUUGGCAUCCCUUUCUCGCUGGUGAUUAGCCACGAAAGCACCUUUUUUGGGAACUUGAUUUGAGAGAUGUACUUCACGUCGGAACUUACCUCUUUGGGAGGGGACGUGAAGUAGCUGGUUCCCUGCCAGUCGUUGCCAUCCUGAGAACACCUGAGAACGUUUACGUUGGUAUCGAUGCAGAAGGAGCUGAAAAAGGAUUGAAUGCAGCUAGAAAGCUGACCUUCAAACCGAUUUCUCGUGACUUCUAUAUUGAACGCGUGAAACAGAUUUCAAAGCGAUUUGAUUUCACCGAUCCGGUUAUCAAAACUGCGGCCUUGAUAAACCCUCAAAAUUUCGUAAAGCUACCAAACCUUAAUGAUUUGAUGUGCCAAUUUCCUCAUUUCGUUGCAGCAGGUAAUAAAGAAGGCUUGGAUAACGAAUUCAGGCUACUCAAGACGAAUCUUAUGGGGCAAACAUUGAGUGACUCGGAUAUAACUUGGUCCCAGCUGUUGGAUGUCAAAAGGCGUGAUGAGAAAUUUUUGUAACCAUUGCUAAGGUCAUUUUUAAGAUACUUUUUGAUAACAUUCAUCAGCGUGUGUUGAUCGAAUAUUUUCGCUUCACAAUGCCAACAAAACAAAGUCCGGAAAUCGUCCCACAAUUAUAGACUCUAUUUUGAAGGCGAAGAACUAUGUAUCGGCUCAAGGAGGAGCUUCAAGGAUGAAAUUGACGAAAAAUUUGAAGGCAAAGUUGAACAAAACCAUGUAUAAACAUCAUACAGUUCAGAGGAUUAUGAGUAAAGUUUUUUAUGAUUUAUUUUGUUGUAUUGAUACCAUUUUAACAACCCAUAAAUACGAAAAACAAAUUUAUAAUGAAAAUAAACUUUUGUUUUCAUUUUUUCCCUUAUUUUUUAGAUACAGAUUUUUUUGUUGGAAAUACAGAUUGUUCAGAAAAUUUUACAGAAAUAAAUGUGGCAACCCGGGAUAGGGCUGUCAAAUUUUGUUUGAAAACUCAUAGGUUACUAUGAUUGACGAUGCACAAGUGGCUUAUUACCAGGUGUUAAGGUGAACGCAUGAAAAUUGGUAAAAUUUGUCAAUUUUUUUAAUGCACGCGUUUGUACCAGCUGCAAUUCUAGUAACAUGUGACAGCGAUUUGUGAAAUAUUUCAAGCAAUACAGUAAAAAUGUUGUAUCCUGAAUUUACGUAAGUCGGCUUCAUCGACGAACUACGAGAAGUACACCCAAACUAGUGUUGGCAGAAAACAUUUCACCUUCGGCAAAAAUAAUGUGCAAAUAAUGAGCUGUUUCAAAAGCUUUGAAAUGUUUGUAUGUGUGGGAGCAGGUAUCUCUUUUUUCAUUUUUCAUCUCUUUUGGGAUUAUACCAAAAAAAAGUCCAUACGAUGACAACGGGGACCGAACCAAGGCCAGAUGGAAUGCAAGCCUGUUAAGCAUAACCACGUUAUUCACAUAGCUACUGUUGUUGUUGACAGAGCUCGGCAUAGUCAUAGUCAACUGAGGAUAGUCAGCUGACUAACCGACUGACUAUAUCCGUAGUCAGUUAGUAAUGGCUUUUAGCUUCUUCACGCAUUUUCUCCGCGUUUAGUCGCUAUCUCCCUCUACCGACUCGACUAUAUCAUUUCAUUCUUCCCGGUCAAAUUGUCCUCAUUGCAUUUUGAAGUGACUUCCCCCAAAACGAAUUCGUUCCUCUCUCUUUUUCCCAUGUAUAUUUAUGCAUGCAUCGAUGUUUGAGUUCACCGUGGUUUGACAAACGCUACAGGUGAGCGAGAUUUUUUUGUAUCGUACACGAAAAUUACUCACACGUAUAAAAUAGCGUGCUGUGUGUACGCUAUUUUGCACGCCUAAAGGGUGUGUCACAUCAAAUUGCAUCACGGAAAAAAUGCUGUAGAAAUUUAAUUUUUAGGAAUUAUAUCUUCAGCUUUCGCUUAUAAUCAGAUAAGAGUGUAUAGAUCACGUUGGCCAUGCUUCACUGUCAAUUUUUCAUAAAUUUGGAAAAAUGUCGUCGAACGAAAAAGAGCGUCGUGAAUUAAUCCUGUGCACUCAUUUCGAGAAUCCGGAGUUGUCACAUCGGGACAUCGGUAAGAUGCUGGGAAUCGUCCAAUCCACGGUCAGCAGAGUACUAAAACGAUACUUCGAGAACCUAACCAUCGACCGGAUGGUGAAGAACGGCAAAAAUGCAUGCUCCGUCAGUGAAAAAGAUCACAAGCGCGUAGUUAAGCAGUUUAGACGUGAUCCGAGAAGUUCGGUCCGGGAUGUCGCCAAUAAGCUGAAUUUGUCAAGUUCAUUCGUCCAGCGGACCAAGCAGCGGGAGGGCCUGCGUACAUACAUAGUUCAGAAGGCUCCUAACCGCGACGAAAGGCAAAACAUGGUGGGGAAGACGCGAGCCCGGAAGCUGUACACCGAAAUGCUGACGAAGCCGCAUUGCCUGGUAAUGGACGACGAAACCUACGUCAAAGCGGACUUUCGUCAGCUGCCGGGCCUGUUGUUCUUCUCCGCAGAGGACAAAUUCAGCGUUCCGGAGGAGAUUCGCAAGCAGAAACUAUCCAAGUUUGCCAAAAAGUACAUGGCAAGCGAUCUGCUCUUGCGGAAAGCGGAGCGCCCCCUUCGUGAUGACCGGCACGGUAAACGGGCAGGUUUACCUUAAAGAGUGCCUACAGAAGCGCUUACUACCACUAUUGAAGCAGCACGAGGGUCCGACCAUCUUCUGACCGGAUCUCGCUUCGUGCCACUAUUCAAAGGACGUGUUGGAGUGGUACGAAGCCAACGGGGUCACCUUCGUGCCAAAGGAAAUGAACCCGCCCAACGCGCUGGAGCUUCGCCCAAUAGAGAAAUAUUGGGCGAUUAUGAAGCAGGCCCUCCGGAAGAACCCAAAAGUUGUCAAAUCGGAGGCGGACUUCAAGAGAAAAUGGAUUUCUGUUCAAAAAAAAACUGCAACCUGACGUUGUACAGAACUUUAUGGACGGGGUAAAGAGGAAGGUGCGAGCAUACGGGCUUGGGCUCGAAGUAUGAAUAAAAAGAAAAUGCCAAUUAAUAGUUUUUAUUUUACUGUCUAAAAUUUUCAAAAGGAUCGGUUUACUGGGUGAAUUUCUACAGCGUUUUUUCCGUGAUGCAAUUUGAUGUGACACACCCUUUAAUACUAACGCGAGGACCUUUAUAGCAUACUUGAUAAAUGUCUAAGAUCGUUGGUUUGAAUUCACGAUGGGUAGAAAAUAAACGGUCCAUUGAUGGUGUAACUACUUUUUUGCAUCAGGAAUCAAGUUUUCGUUCCUCUUUAUAUGGACGUAAAAUAAGACUGCAUACGCGGGUACAAAAUAAGUGUAAGGGGGAAAUGGAAAUGUGGAUUGAAGUCAGUUGAAUGAAGAGGCAGAUUUGUAUUCAUUAGCCGAGUCAGUUAAAAUAACCACUGACUGGACUAGUUCACCUAGUCAACGCUAGUCAAUUCAUUUUCUAGUCAAGUCAUUUUUUUGUUGGCGGCGACUGCCGAAGCAGUUCUAGUCGAAGCGGAGCUACUGGGAUUAAAGUCGGUCUUCAUUUUUCACCUUCGAAGAUUUCGGGCCCUGGUUGUUGUGUAAAUGCGUGCCAAUAUUACACCUCAUUAUGAUGUUAGGAAGUGUUUUCUAAGAGAAAAAAGAAGAGCAUAAACGAGAAUUUAUAUCUUUCUUGGUCUGGGCCGUGUAUUUGGCAAACUAUACGAAAAGCUUUCAUUUGUGCUUACUUGCAAUGUGUCUCUUAUUUCGCUCGCUCAUAUUAACCUUAUAUUGCUCUAGGAUGUAUAUAUAAUACAAAUGAUAUACAAGUAUUGGGGAGUAGCGCAUUUUACGUUAAUUUUAGGCUCAUUUAAUGUAAUAAAUCGGGAUGCCAAAACAUGUGCUAAAAAUUAAUUUUGGGUAUAGUGGUGGUAUAUUAUAUACUCUGUUCAACCUCAAUAAAUUCCAUAGAAACGCAUGUCAUAAGUCAUGGAACUGAGUUUCCCAAAGGCUUUUCACUGUAUUUCGAAGCUGCGAAACGAACUGUUCAAUCCAGCAAAUGUUCUUUCCGGUUCUUUCCCACUACUUGCUUUCCUUCCUUGUACGAAUAGUCGAGUUGUUUUGCUAAAAUAUCAGCCAAAAAAGGAGAACAGAACCCUCUAGAACUCUAAGUAGUCCUUCACUUUGAGGCUUCUAGCUGCACGAAAUCCUGCCCAUACAAUCAUCAAAGUAAGGAAUUGAAAAGACAAUGAUAAUUACAAUACAAAAUGAACGAAAUUGAGAGAUUGAAAUUUAUUUGAGCCUACAAUAACUGGACUUCAAACCAACACUUGAUGAAGUGUCUCCAGAGAAACGUUUAACUUCAAAGACUGCUGUAUUUGUAUCCAUGAUUUCGAAGCAUUCGAAGCAGUUCAUUCCCCGCUUAUUUCGAUUGAAGAGCUUUGAUUUAUGUGGUGUUUUUAUUUAUUUAUAAUGAUACUACAUCCCAUUGAGAGAUUAGAUCUUCUUCACAAUUUUUCGCCAAUAGUCCCGAUCCAUGGCUGCAGUUCUCCAACUCCCGGCUGCACCGAUUCUUGCCAAGUCCUGCUCCACCUGGUCCAACCACCUCGCUCGCUGGGCUCCUCUCCUUCUUGUUCCUACCGGAUUCGAUGCGAACACCAUCUUUGCAGGGCUGCUGUCCGGCAAUCUUGCAACAUGCCCUGCCCAUCGCACUCGUCCAGCCUUGGCGACUUUCUGAAUGAUGGGUUCGCCGUAGAGUUGCGCCAGUUCGUGGUUCAUUCUCCUUCUCCAUAUUCCGCUUUCCUGUACACCACCGUAUAUUGUUCUGAGCACUCGGCGUUCGAAAACUCCAAGCGCUUGUGAGUCCUCUUCAAGCAUCGUCCAUGCUUCGUGCCCAUAGAGAACAACCGGUCGAAUUAGGGAUUUGUACAUGGUACACUUCGUACGGGGUCGGAGUUUGUUGGACCUCAAGGAUUUGCGGAGCCCAUAGUAGGCACGACUUCCAUUGACAAUGCGUCUUCGAAUUUCACGGCUGUUGUUGUUGUCAGUUGUUAUCAACGAGCCAAGGUAGACAAAUUCCUCUACCACCUUGAGCUCGUCGCCGUCGAUCACAACACUACUACCAAGAAGAACUCUGUUGCGAUUAGUCCCUCCAGCUAGCAUGUAUUUAGCCUUAGACGCAUUGAUCCCAAGCCCAAUCAGCCCUGCUUCGUGUUUCAGUCGGGUAUACAAGUCGGCUACCGUCGCAUGUGUUCUUCCGAUUUUGUCCACGUCGUCGGCGAAGCAGAUAAACUGACUAGACUUGUUGAAAAUCGUGCCCCGCAUGUUGAAGCCCGCUCUCCGCAUAACACCUUCCAGCGCCACGUUGAAGAGCAGACAGGAGAUUCCAUCGCCUUGUCGAAGUCCCCUGUGAGUCUCAAAUGAUUCCGACAGCUCACCUGAGAUCCGCACACUGCACCGCACACCGUUCAUCGUUGCCUGAAUCAGUUUCGGGGAAAGCCGUGUUCGUCCAUGAUCCUCCAUAGCUGUCGUCGGUCGAUUGUAUCAUAUGCGGCCUUGGAGUCGAUGAAGAUGUGGUGUGUAGGGACCUGAUACUCGCGGCACUUUUGGAGGAUCUGCCGCAGUGUAAAAGUGUCGUCGAGCAACCGGGCAUGAAUCCGGCCUGAUAACUUCCCACAAAUCUACUUACUAUUGGCGAUAGGCGGCGGAAGAGGAUCUGAGACAAAAUUUUGUAGGCACCAUUCAGGAUUGUGAUGGCACGAUAGUUCCCACAAUCCAACUUGUCGCCUUUUUUAUAGAUGGGGCAGAUUUCCCCGUCCUUCCACUCCUCCGGUAGCUGUUCUGUGUCCCAGAUCCUGACUAUCAACCGGUGCAUACACUCUACAACUUUUCUCGGACCUCCCUUGAAGAGCUCCGCUACGAGGCCAUCCUUACCAGCUGCUUUGUGGUUCUUGAGCUGAUUAAUGGCCUCCUUAACUUCACCCAUCGUCGGGGGUGGUACGUCGUCGUUGUUCAUUGCACCGGUGUAGUCCUCCUCAACGCCGUCUAGGUCUCCUGUCUGCGCGCUGUUCAGGUGUUCAUCGUAGUGCUGCCUCCACCUUUCGAUCACCUCGCGUUCGUUCGUCAAGAUGCCACCUUCCUUGUUUCUGCACAUUUCGGCCCGCGGCACAAAGCCUUUGUGCGAGGCGUUUAGUUUCUUGAAGAACUUCCGCGAUUCUCGAGAACGAUAAAGCAGCUCCAUCUCCUCACACUCUUUCUCUUCCAGGCGACGCUUUUUUUCCCGAGAGAGAUGUGUUUGCUGCCUUCGUUUCAGUCUGUAUCGUUCUACGUUUUGUCGAGUCGCUCGUUGCAGCAUGGCUGCGCGUGCUGCAUCCUUCUCGUUCAGAAGCGCUCGGCACUCGUCGUCAAACCAUUCGUUCCGUUGUCCUCGUUGUUCAUACCCGAUGACGGUCUCUGCUGUGCUGCUAAUUGCUGAUUUUAAGGAGUUCCGACCUGAGCGUUCAAAUCACCGAGGACGAUUUUGAUGUCGUGUUUUGGGCAGCGAUCGUAUUCACGCUCUAGCUGCGCGUAGAAUUCUUCUUUAUCGUCAUCGGUGCUAGCUAGAUGGGGGCUGUGGACGUUGAUAAUGCUGAUAUUGAAGAAGUGGCCUCUCAUCCUCAAUCUGCACAUUCUUUCAUUGAUCGGCCACCAACCAAUCACCCGUUUUUGCAUCUCCCCCAUCACGAUGAAAGCUGUACCCAGCUCGUGUGUGUUGCCGCAGCUCUGAUAGAUGGUAUAUCCACCAUGGAACGAUCGCACCAUCGAACCUUUCCAGCACACCUCCUGCAGCGCUACGAUGUUGAAAUUGCGGGCUCUCAAUAUUUCCGAAAGAAUUCGGGUACUCGCAAGAAAAUUGAGAGACUUGCAGUUCCAUGUUCCGAGUUUCCAAUCUCUAGUCCGUGUUCUUUGCGUAGGUCUAGUCCGAUUGUCCUGUCUCGAAUUUCUUUGUGAAUUUUCCUGUGCGUUUUAUUUUUACGGAUGGCUUGCAGGGCCUGCACCAUCCGUAAAACCUGAUUUAUGUGUUGUCCUUUUAGUUUAUCUGUGUCCCUCUGAAUUUAUCAAAUAGAUGCGUACUAUUUGAUGGAAUCGACCACCUCGACGAGCGAUUUUCUCUGAAUCUAACUAUUUCAUAGUGGAAUGCCCCAUUUUUCAUUACUCUUUCCCAUAAGCAUUCUCUUUUUCUCUUGCGAACUUCUUUUUCAAUAAACCUAAAGCGAUGAAAAAAGCGAAAACAUUUGUUUACGCCGCGCACAUGCACCCACACAUAUGAAAAUCAUUGUUGGCUAUCACCAAUACAAACACAUCUAAUUAUGAAUUGUAAUCAUCUUCGUCUCACGUGACAGAUGACAGGAAAAACUCAACCGGGCAUUUGAUCGCUGAUUGAUGAAAAUUGAUCAAAACGAACCCUAUUAGAAGGGUGCGGCUGUUUUUUUAUGUACACAGUUCAAUAUAAUUCGGAUAAACUCUUGUCUGCCAUAGCUAGUUCAGUGCAUCCGAGGUAUCUAGAAACUCUCACGCUCUUCGUUGUUCCAGUAGAACAAGUGUCACUGUGUCACCUUUGCCGCAUCCAUAACUUACAGUUGAAUAUAAAACGAUGACAAGACAGAGUAUGAUGCCACCGAGCUACCGCAAGCAGAACGCCAGAAUUUUCUCUUAUAAAAUCAUGAAUACAUUACUGAACACACGCAAAAUGAAACUCAAAAGCAAAUCACAAAACUUUCGCAGCAAACAAUGUAAUAUUGAUGUGAUGUAAGAAGCAAACCAUAGUAAACUACUCAAAGAAAAAAUCUGGCUGGUUCCAGUCUUUGGCCCUAUUCAGAGAAGAGUAAGAUCACAGAAAUAUUGUGUGAGUAUUUACAAAAUCUUUAGAAUCAACAGAAAAAUAGCUCGUGAAUUUCUGCUGUAAAUUGAACAAAAAGAAUUUAAAAAAUCAUAUAAAAAGUCUCUGAAAACACCCUCUGUUUUUCAAGCAGCAUCGCUAGGGCUACUGAAUCGAUUUAUUUAUUCUAGAAAUAUGGCCUUGUUUCAAACUCGAAAGUAGAUAGUACUAAUUUUAUUUAUAUAUGAUUACGUGAAACCAUUCUCUAGCAUUAAAGAACCAAUCUCAACAUUAUACACCCCUAUUCCGUACUAAUUAAAGGUAACAAAAUAUAAAUAAGCCGACACAAAGUAUGAUAAACAAAACCACAUUAUUAUGGUGCACUAACUAUACACCUACGAACAUAUAAGACAUUUUUUGGAAGACUCUUUAACCCCAAACUUCCUCCCCUCCUUUGGAGAUGUCCCUUUGCACAAAAAUGGUCCCCCACUAUAUUGAGGUAACCUUCUAGCCCUAAGAAACAAAGCAGAAUCGUUUGUAAAUCUAGAAAUUCAUCUGAUAAACUCACUUCUAACUACAAAACCCGCGUAAAUAAGGUAACAAUACCAAACACAGAGCGAGGGCGUAGAAAACUCGAAUUAAACUUGCUCAAAGUUCAAAUAGCAAAUUUGACUUUCUCUCUAUAGAAAAAGCUGAAAUGAAUAGGUGAAAAAAAUCGAUCACACGUUCCCAUUGAAAACAAAAAUCCCGAAAAUUUAUGUCGUAUAUCGAUAGGACGAUAGAAUAAACAAUAGAAAAUGAACAGGAAAUAAAUUUGAAACGUAAAACAAAAUCAAAUAAAGUGAAAAAACAGCGCUGAAGCAAACUAAACAAAAAUCAAAACUUACGGAAGACAAGAGUAAAAGAAACGCGCAAACAACAAAACGUAAUGUGCGUCACAAACCAUUCGAAGCGGGGAACGUUCAUUUUCACAUAUUUUUGAGGUUUUAUUCCGAGUAGCGCGAGAGCGGGAAACGUUUUUUCGAAAUGUUUUACGAUAUAUGUUUAGAGUUAAUGCAUCUGUGUGGAGGCAACCCAACGUGAACCAUACACAAAAUGUGGCAAUUUUUAUUGCCACAGGUGAGGUGAGUACCCUUGGCAGAAGUUAGAUUUUAUUUAGACUAGAUCAAUUUUCAAACCAAACAAAACAGCGUGUAGGGCAUUUACCCAGUAAGCAAAUAUAAACAAAAACCCAACAAAAGUGUGUAUCGAUGUAAGUGACUUGCGGAGGCAAAAGCACUAAUGGUAAAUUAAUCUGGUAAUAUUGACAAAACAAAUAAAACUAGCUGAAUAAAAAAAACUAAAAAAUAACUCAAAUACAGCAAAAACAAAUAGUUGUGGAUGUAAUGGAAAUAACAAACAGAAAAUCGAUUCUGACCCGAUAGACAUAAUGAAAAUGUAUCAAAAACAACCCAUGAAACACUACAUAACACUAAAUGAACAAGAAGAAAAAAAGACUUUCGACAUUAUUCUUACGAUACGUAUUUUAGGGAGGCGGCGGGAAAAGGGGAUAACCAAAACAAGCAACAAUUUUUCGCUAACAUAAAGUUUGCGUAGGAAGCGAAAUAUAAAAGCGAAUAUACUUUACAAUCAUCUCUCAAAUGAUCACAUUGACAACUAUUCUUGCUAUGAAAUUUUCCAAGCAAACUAUAUACAACAAAUCUUUAUACUGAAAGCAAAAUAUUCGGCAAUGAGCUAAAACCCAACCCAACACUAAGGUAACUAAUUCAAAACAGAAACAAAAGCGAAACAAAAAAGAACGUUUACAAUAACAUGAUGGAGGGAAAAUAAUAGGGAACUAAAACCAGAUAAAUAAGACAAACAGAAAAUCUAUAUCAGAGAGAAGCGUAUUGCACUUGCCAGCCGGUCUGGCGCGUUCGUUGUUGGUGUCGUGUUGGCAAACUGUUUGCUGUCCUUCUGGUAUAAUAUAUCCAUGAUGAAAAAAAAAUAAUCGGAAAUGGACACUAUUCGCCAAAAAAAAAACGACCGGCGAACAAAGGAAGGAACCCAACGAAUGCAACAAGAGUAAAUGCAAAGCACGGAUAGUGACUUCUGAUGUGAAACGAGAAAAUAUCAAAAUGUAAGCAAAUAUGACGAAAACCCGGCAAAAUAUUAUUAAUAAAUGGCAGAAAACUAAAUGUUAUAGUUGGUAAGUAAACAACAACAACAACAACAAAAAUCAUUCAAAAACAACAGUGUGUGUAAGACGAUUCUGUUAUCAAAAAGUAACUGUUAAUGUAACUAAUAUCAAAUAAUAUAAAUGAAAUAAAAAAUCCGAAAUUGA